UCGUUCAUUUCUGCUUCAUCCAGGAGUCGAAUGAGUACUCCUUAAUUUAGAGCUUUUACUAUGAAGGGGUUAAUUGUCUUUGCUGAAGUGUUCUUGGUGCUAAUGCUCUAUUAUUCCACUUCUUUCUCACAAGCUCAAGAGGAUAAUAGAGAAAUAAAAGAAGAAGAACUGUACUUGUGCUUCUAUGCCAUCCUUUGUACCGAACGUGAUGUAUGGGCAUUCAAGGAUGUAGCUGACAAUGCGGGCCCUGGUCUCCAUGCCAAAGUUCUGGAAUGGUUCUAUGACAUCUGCGGCAUCGAAGCUGAGGACACGCCAGAGUUUUGGGAGUCUUACCCCGACAUCAAAUGUGCCCAAAGCGAAGAACAAAAGCGUUAUUCUUUCGAGGAAUUUACAAGAAGAUGUGGUGAAUAUUGGGCCGAUGUGUGCGAGGAUCAAGAGUCUGAAGAAUGCAUCAAAACCGGAGAAGCAGCUGUGAGGUUUGAAGAAGUGAUAGGCGUUUACACAGCUAAGGGCACUUGCACCAACGAGGCCGUUCACGCGGCCGAAGUUGGAGCUGAAAAAGCCGGAGAAAUGGCUGAAGGAAUGGCUGAGGAAGGAAUGGAUCAGUUCAAAAAUGCGGAGAAAAGCUUCCCGGCGAAGUGGUGAAAACGACUUCUGGAUCACCCCCCCCCCCCUCCCAAGCAGUUUAUACUAUUCUGUUGUCAUAUAAGCACUACCUGCUUGUUUUGUAUUAAUAA